CGAGAGGCGGCUCGGCACUGCAGCUCCGGGCCGGGAAGGCGGAGCCGCCGAAGCCGGGCGACACGUGGGCAAACGGGGGGCGGAGGCGGCUUCUUAGGCAGCGGUGGGCAGCCGGUGCUGGGCCUUGUCGGUCUCCGCCGCCGCCGGGACGAGGCGACCAUGCCGGGCGCGCUGCGGGAAGAGACGGCGCAGCUGCUGGGCGACUACGUGCAGCACCGGGUGGGGGGCGCGGCGCUGCCUCCUCCGAGCCGCACAGCCGAGACGCUCCGGCGGGUGGCCGACGAGCUGGAGAGCCGCGAGCGCCUUUUCUUCCGCAACGCCUGCAGCGCCGCCGCUUUACCCGACCCGGACGAUGCGGCGGCUUUGCUGGGCCGGGUAGCCACGCAGAUGGAAGCCGAAGGCGGGCUGAACUGGGGCCGGGUGGUGGCGCUGGUCGUGUUCGCCGGCAACCUGGCGGCGGCGCUGGCCGAACGGGGGGCUCCGGAUCACAGCGGCGCCCUGGUCGAGGCGCUGGCCGCCUACCUGGCCGAGGAGAGGCGCGACUGGCUGGAGGAGCACGGCGGCUGGGAUGGCUUCUACCACUUCUUCAAUAAGCACGGCUCGGAUGCAGCUGACCAGAACAGCACCAUCAGCAAUGCAAUUAUGGCGGCGGCAGGAUUCGGCCUAGCAGGAUUGGCUUUUCUCUUGGUGGUGCGAUAAGACAACACACAAACAACACACAAACGCACACACACACACACAUCCGCGGAUUUAGACUGCAGGGAGACGGGAUGGGUGGGCACGCUCUUUUCUUGAAACUGCUAACGUCCCAGCGAAACGUCCAUUCUAUAUUUCUACGACGGUCGAAGAUAGAAGCCUAUAUAUAUAUAUAUAUAUAUAUAUAAAUAUAUAUUUUUAACUAGAGUUGGGGCAAAAAAAUUAGUUGAGCACAUCACCUCCUUCCCCCCCUCCCCAGCACGACCAAUGCCUCUUUGCGCUCAUCCUAAGAACUGGGCACCUUCUGGAUCUUGGCGUUAGGGCUGCUGACACCACGUCACCAGUUGUUCCGGGACUUGUGAGCGUGCUGGAUGUUAUUGCUACUUGUUCAUGGUGGGCUUGUGAUGGAAUCAAGUGGAAGACGUGUUUGCCUUUCUUCUUUGUGUGCGUGUGUAUGGUGCGGUGGGGAGGGGAGGGGGGGGCAGGUGGGAUCGUUGCCUUGUGAAAUGUGAGCCAGUAUUAAUAAGAAUGAGGGGUUUAUUCUUCUUGGGGUGCAAUGCAAACCAUACCAAGCCACUCAAUAACAUAAAACUUGCAAGUUCCAUGUUGCACAGAGCAUUAUAGCUUACGUGUUUUUGUUAUAAUGACAUAACUCUUAAGUUACACUACAAGUAUAUGUCAAGAAUGUUGAUACCAAAACAGUCGAAGCUGCAGAACCAGUUCUUAACUGAAGUUGUUUAACUAUUAAAAGAAGAAGAAGAAGAAAAAUCCUUUUUAAAAUUGGUAUAUUUGGAAGUCCAUUGAAGGCUGGGAUUUCUGUGGAUUUCCUGUCAAAUCCAGAAACUCCAUAUAACUUAAUAUAUUUUUGAAGUAUUUAUCAUUGUAUAAUACUGGUAGCUGGUUAACAUCUAUUUUUGUUAAAUUCCAUUUUUUUAAAAGAAAAGCUCUCCAGUUGCUUUCUUCGCUGUUAUCUGUCUUAUAACUUGUUUAACAGUUCUAGUUUUGGUAAUUGAUAUACUGUGUAUUGUACAAAAUAGUCUUUGAGAAGUGUUCGGUGUCCUUUCCUUUAGCUUGUACAGUUUUAAUAUGUGAAUAAACAAGUAAAUAUUUUUAUUUUAAACAA